CAGGUACCUAAAAUUCUAAGAAGAGAGUGACUAAAGAAUCCGUGUUCUAAUCAAAGAGAGCGCAAACUAAACACGGAGCUAUUUAUUUAUUCCUUAUUUAACGCCCUUUUCUCAUCACACCCUUCGCGUUCUCCGCCACCUUCUCAACCCUCUCUUCCCCUUUUUCACUCUCACUUUCUCUUCAUCUCUCCACACAAACCUCAUCACCAACCUCCAUGGCGACCAAUAUGCAAGCAUCACGCUCUCUGCUCUCUCUCCGUCCUCAACUCAAUCAGAGACUGGCUGUCACUUCAAGCUAUGGGAGAUGGAAUGUGUCUUUUAGCUCACAGUCACGCCCAGUUCGCCUUACAGUUACCUGUGCUGCUAAACCACAGACAGUGGAAAAAGUGAGCCAGAUAGUGAAGAAGCAGCUGGCUUUAUCAGAUGACUCUAAUGUCACUGGCGAAUCAAAAUUUGCAGCUCUUGGAGCUGAUUCGCUUGACACGGUUGAAAUUGUGAUGGGACUCGAGGAAGAGUUUGGCAUAAGCGUUGAAGAGGAUAGUGCACAGAGCAUCACAACAGUUCAAGAAGCUGCUGAUCUUAUCGAGGAUAUCCUGAGUAAACAGAGUCCUUAGAGGAAAAAUGUACCAGAUGUAAAAUGCGUCUGAAAGACAUGCAUAGUUAUUAUUCAUACUGUUUUUUAAUCUGUGGUGGUCAAGUCUUAAGUGUUUUAUCUGCAUAGUUUGCUAUUGUCUUGUUUCGUAGGUCUUAAAACACAAAUUAGUGAGCUACUUGUCUUUUGGAGAAAAUGUUCUUACUUUCUCUGUGCAUUAAGGGCUUAACAAAUUGUUUUAGUACUUUUAA